UGUUUACUGUAAUACUAAAUAAGUUUAGAAACGGUUUGGUUUGGUUUGCCAUGUAGGCUAUGUUUUAAAUUAAAUCUUAAUGAGAACCAGUGAUGUCAACUGGUACCAAAUAAUCACUUAGUUGUGUUGAAGCCUAUUAUGAUUUGGGCACUUUCAAAAACAACAGUCUCUGAAGUGUUAGCCAGAAAUAAUUUGUUUAACAGAAACAAUAUAGAAGAGAAAUUAUAAAGAUAAAUAUAUACAGGAACUAUAUACAGAAACUCGCACAUUCCUCUUCAACACUGGGGCUGACAAGCUUGAUAAGUUUGCUUAAGCUUUUCUCUUAUUAUUCUCUUGCAAUAAGGGAAAGCCAGGCCAGUGAGGUUUACUGCUUUCUUUUAGGAAUGGAAAUCGAAAAGCUGAUCCAAAUAUAACUAUAGCCAGGAUGGGCUGACCUGAUCAGAGUCUCUGUUAGGAUGAGGGGCGGUGUAAACCUUUGAUAUUGUUAAUUCCUAUGUGUUUAAUAGGAAAAUCUGAUUUCCUAAUAAUCUCCUAAUGGUUGGAAUGAAUCCAUUCUUUUACUGAGCAUGUGACUUUCAAAGAGGGACAGAAGAAACGUGGAGGUGGUGAAACAACCAGUAGUUUGAACAGAACCAGAAUCCAUAAGGACAGUAAUGUUGGAAACGUGGUCUUGGUCCAUGUUCUUCUACUGAAAUCUUAAAGUAUUGUCAACAAAGUUGGAGUUUUCUUCUUGCUCUUCUUCUUUUUUCUUCUUCCUCCACGGUGAUUGAUGUUUUGGAGAGAGUAAACACAUAUAUCUGAUCAGAUCAUUUUAUUUUGCACCCAUGGAAACGGUCAAGGAGGAAUCUCUGAUCAGAAUAAUUGAUCAGGCUGAAGAAAUAUUUCCCAUGUAAAAGUAGCCACUAAUGCCAAACUAAUGUUCCCUGGCACUACUGGAAAUACAUUUUUCUACCCAAAAAGGCAGCUAGCUCUCAAGCUACACCAUGGCAGAUAAAGAAUCAGACCAAAAAGCAUGGUUGAUGACGUAUCCGUCAAAUCUUAUGAAUAUGUAUCCCUAGUUUUUGCCAAAUCCAGAAGAUAGUAUGUCAAAUGGUUCUGAAUAUCUGUGAGUUACUAUACUCGCACAAAAGAAUCAGCAUUGGAAAGUAAAGUGAGUUCCAUCCUUUGAGAAGCAGGGCAUGGAAAAAGAAAGCCAGAACAAACAUGGUCAUCGCACUAAUGUGAAAAGUGUCAAAACAGCAAACCACAGUUUAGCUCUAUGCUCUGAGCUGAUAUAUUGUUAAAACCCAUCCCUCCAGCCACACACUUCACAGUACACAUGUGACAUCAUUAAUAGGGAGCAGGGGUUGGAGAGAGUCACUGCUGAUAGGCUCACCAGGAAAAAGGGUUGGGAUUUCACUGAUAAAAGUAUGCAACACAUGGGAUGUGAAGCACUGAACAGUCUGAAAGUAACGCAACAUUAAGGCAGCAGAACCGCGACCAAAGUAAAAUAAGAUUGUGAGCUUUUCUAACAUGAUGUCUACAGCCAAAGGCAUGUCCCACAUGAUACCCAGUCAUGUUCUGAGAGUGGGUCAAACUAUCCAUCUGGACUCGGCGCAGGGGCCACCCAACCAACACCUGAGCCUGAUGGAGUCCAGCAGUCACACCGAGGACGUCGAACUUGACAUUUCCCUGGAGAAUCUCAACCAGCUCAUCCUGGAACUGGAUCCGACAUUUGAACCCAUCACAGGCAACAAAAGUCCUACGUGCAUCAGCCCGCCUACAGACACCUUGCGCUCAAAUGAAGACAUCUCCAACUGUGUGCUGGUUCCCAGAGGAAUCUCCUCCAGCUCAUCGCCCACAGUGACACCAUCCGUGUCGCCCAGCAUACCCAUCCCUUCACCGAGCAGUCUCAGCUGUAGCCCCCAAGGUUCGCUGGUGUUCUCCUCCUCCCCUUCAUCCUCCCUGCCUCCACUGCCGUGUGGAAGCGUACCCAGAAAUCCAUCCCAGAAGCCCGACUUUGGCUUCUCCCAAGGAUCCUUGCGCUUAUCGCACUCCAACAGAAACAGUGCCGCCUCGCUCCUCUCCACGUCAUCAUGCUCAGACACCAGCUACAUCCUUGGCAGUAACCUGUCCUUGGCCGGUGACGACGCUGACUCUCCAGAGUCCUUGCUGAGCUGCACGCCUGGUUCCUUCAGUGAGGCGUACAGAACGAGGGACAGCCCAGAAAAACCCUCACUGACAAAACGUGGACACCUGCAGGAACACUACAGCAACGGGGUACGCAGCAGUCCUGCUUCCCUGUCCGGGUCACUCACUGAUAUUCCCAUACUGCUCGUCAAUGGUGCACCACAGCCAGAUAUGUGCAGUGACUUCCCUGGACCAGAAAUUUACAUGGAUCAGAUCAUCCCUGUGACCAAACCAAAGCCACGCUGUACAGAUUUCCAAUCUUCUUUUAAUGGUAGCCAGCCAUCAAUGAAAUUUGUCAUGGACACUUCAAAGUUUUGGUUCCGUCCACAUAUCAGCAGAGCAGAAGCUGAGGCCCUGUUGAAGGACAAAGAAGCAGGAACAUUUGUGGUGAGAGACAGCACCUCCUACAAAGGCAAUUUCGGCUUGGCUAUGAAGGUCAAUCAAUCCCCCACCAACUUCACUGCUUCUGCGUACCCAGGAGAGACGACUUCAGAUGUGAUCAGGCACUUCCUGAUUGAGUCAUCACCCAAAGGCGUCCGCAUCAAAGGCUCUUCUCAGGAACCGUACUUUGGUAGUCUCUCUGCCCUGGUCUACCAGCACACCAUUUCUGCUUACGCUUUACCCUGCAAACUACUGCUCCACUCCAGCGGCCCGGCAGAAAACAAGGCAAAAGAUAAAACUGCAUCAGAGGAGAAUAAAACAGCUUGCAACUUCAUCUACCUGAAUGCAGUCCCCACUGAGAUGCUGACGGGUCCCUGUGCAGUGCAGAAGGCAGUGUCCCUAACAAUUGAGAAAGCCCCGGGGUCCUUUGCGCCCACAAUCGUAAACAUGAAGGUGUCUCUGAAGGGUGUUACACUGACAGAUAUCAACAGGAAGCUUUUCUUCAGACGCCAUUACCCUGCUCACCUGCUCAGCUACGGCGGCGAAGAUCCAGAUAAACGAGUGUGGACGAGAGGUUCGCGUUUUGGUGCAAGGAUAUUUGGCUUUGUAGCAAAAGGCGUCGAGGCUGGUAUGGAGAAUGUGUGUCACGUCUUUGCAGAGUAUGACUCCCUGCAGCCCUGUGGCAAAGUCAUCCAGGUUAUUCAGAGCGCCAUAUCCAAACCGUAGACACGGGGGCCAUGAAACAACACGAUACUUACACUGUACUUAUAGUUACCUCUCCAAUAUGGUGUCAUUGCUGUUGAUAAACUGGAAAAGCCGUGUUUGCUGACGGAAGCAGAGAGGAAACCGUGGCUCAAGAAAACAACAUGCAAACAGAAGAAAACGUGCAAAUCGAGACAAUGUCCUCAACGUUAAGAUAUUAUUAAUGCCGUCCAUCUGCAAAUGAAUUGUGUUGUCAGAUUACUUGAAUUGACGAGCUGAUGACAAACAAAAGGCAUCAUGUGAUCAGGAAGUUAAAAGCAAAAAGACUGAUGAGUAGCAAAUGCCAACAACUACGGGGUCCUGUAGGGACAUUUCAGGGUAUUUGCCGCGCAUGUGUUGUCUAAUUGAUUAGAAAGCUGUUUGUUUGCAUGGGUUUUCUAGAGUCAGUCCACUGAGCUCUCUCAGCCACCACAUGGUUUGCACCUUAUGAUGAAAGUUAUAUUAAAAGACAAGGGACAUCCAUGGGGACAUGUAAGACUGGGAACAAGAGACAGGGGAACCAGCAGCAUAUGAUUGUAAUUAAAUUAGACACUGUAUUUAAAGCAAUCAAGUUGUAAAUUGUUGUAAUGGUAAACCUAACCCAACCAAACCGAUGUAAGGCUGGUAUAUGAGACGAACUUCUCAGAAAUCAGCAGCUUACAGAAACAGUCAGUUCUGGGGAAAAAGUGAACCAGUUGAUUCGUCUUUAUGUCAAAAGAUUCCCGUGUAAACAGAGGAUCUGAAAAUGUGCACUAAGAGUUGAUGUUGUAAAAUAAACUGAUGGGGGAAUCAGAAGCGUGAACAGUCUGGAAGACAAAGAACAGAAGAACGAAUGCGUCUGUUCAUUUUACUGGUACAUCUGUUUAGUUCUAAAUGUAUUUAUAUAUAUAUUCUUAUACUGCAUUGUAAAAGCUUCAUUUUCUAUGUACUCCUGAUUUGUUUGUUCAAUCAUUACGUGACAAUACACAGGUUGAACUAUUGGACUUGUGAUUGUUUACUCCCAUGACAGGGGCUGAUAUGACAUGAAAGUGUUAAAAGACAGACCUUUUAUCUUUGUCUCACCACCCAAGCCGCCAUGGAAACACACUGUGGUUGGCUUGCUUUGUGUCUUCUAGUACAUAACUGAAGAAGGUAAGCAUUUGACAGGAAACACAUCAGUGUGGACAUAUUUAUUUUUUUAUUAUUUUAAAUUAAAUUGUUUCUCUUUAGACAAAAGCAUAAUGCUUCAUUCGGAAGAUACAGAGCUCUCAAAAUGAAGACUGUGCUUCAUGAGGCAAAGCAAAAUCAAGCACAGAACUGCAUAGAUAAUAUAUUUAAAUAUUCUCAACAUGUUUUUAGGGACCCAAAUGCAAUGCACACAGGUUCAUUUAUUAUUUUCUUUGGUGCCCACUCAAACCUAAGCAUAAAAACCCUGCUUCUACGGUGUAACCGAUAGCAUGUGUUACACAACCCGAGUUGAGCAUCAAAGACACACUGCAGUGUUAACUAUUUACAAAUACUGCCCUCCUCUGGUUAAGACAGGGAAUCCAAAUUCUCUGAGACAUGGUGAGUGUUAAAAGCCUCACUGCUGUUUAGGUCACAGUGAGCAUUGUCAAAUGAAGCCUACAUUAUCAGUUUGAGUUGCAGGAUAUCUUUUUUUUUUUUUUUUUUUUUGUCCACACAGAGAAUCAACUGCAAUGACAAAAGACCCUCUAAGUGGCCAAACUCUGGAUAUCUUUCAGUGCUGAUGUUUUUGUAAGUGCAGUAUGUGUGUGCAGUGCAAAGCUUUUAGGGACUGUAUGAAAAUCAUUGGGAAAGGAGGGGGUAAACAUUAUGUUUGUCUCUUAAAAAAAAAAAAAAAAAAAAAAAAUUUUUA